AAUAUCCCAUCACUAACACUAUCAAUAAUGAUAAUGGCUUGGUCGAAUUGAUAAGAAAAUCUGCGAUGUCGUUCGUCCAUCAUCGUUACCAUUACAAUUAUUAUAUUUAGCAAAUGGCUUUAUGCCUUAAUAAUGGCAUACACUUGUGUUCAAGUGGUUUUUGAAAUUGGCCAUGUAUCAACAGUACGAAAUGAACCGACUGUCGAAGGAUUCACCCACGAUUGGGAGCUCUUCCUCAGAGGCGCUGAUAACAUCGAAAUACACCAUUUUGUCGAGAAAGUUGUCUUUCAUUUGCACGAGUCGUUUCCUAAUCAUAAAAGAGUCAUUAAAGACCCACCUUAUAUGGUAUGCGAAACCGGACACGUUGGGUUCCCGCUGAUGAUCGAUAUAUAUCUGAAGAAUAAACACGAGCGGUCGAGAAAUUCGAGAAUACGUUUCCGUUAUCAUUUAACCCUGCAACCGAAAGGACCACCAUUAACUAGUGUAAAAAAAGAAAGAUAUGUGUUCAAAAGUCCCUCGGGAAAGUUUCGCAGGAAGCUCAUCCAAGGAGGAGGAGUGGGUGUCGCAGCGGAUUCCGAUUGUGAUAGCCAUACCAAUCAUAUGGCUGCGUUGAAUAACGAUCAUUCCACUGAUGAACAUAAAAGUUUAAAUAAUAAGAACAAAGCUUCGCCUCAAGAUGUAAGCGUAUCUCCAAAAAAAUCCGAAAAGGAGUUGACGCAAUCAAAUUUGAUGAGAGUUCUCGGUACCGAAGCUGUUCAAGAUGCAACUAAAAUGGAAGCUCAUGUUCGAGCUCAAAUGGCCAAACGACAAGAAGCGAACGCGUCUGGAAAAUUGAGCGUUGAACAGAAACGAGACAAAACUGUUCGUAAACUUGAAGAAGAUACCAGCACUGGUGUACAUGUUGCUGUUUUUCGCGUUGACGGCUUGAGUAGCGCGACGAAAAAAUUCAGCAUCGAAACGAAUGCGAAACAAUUAUUUAUGACUGGUAGCGUGGUUAUGUUUCAAGAUUGUAACAUUGUUGUCGUCGAAGGAAGUCCAAAACAAAUGAAAAAGUAUAAAAGAUUAAUGUUACAUAGAAUCAAAUGGGAAGAAGACAUCAUUAAAUCUAAAAACGGCGAUGAAGUUCCAAAUAAAUGUUGUCUCGUUUGGGAAGGACUAGUGAAACAAAGAAAUUUCGGCGAGAUCAAAUUGAAAGCUUGCGCCACAGAAAAAUUAGCCAGGGAACAGUUGAGAGAACACGGCGUCGAGCAUUAUUGGGAUUUAGCCUUCAGUAAAAGUGUUCUCGAUCUUCCUGACGAUAAAUAAUGUACCAUAUUUUACUGUACGCUGGUUACUGAACGUUACAUUAGGGCAUUCUAGUUUCCCUGGGUGCGAUGUUUGUUGUUGUGAUAGCUUUUUUUAUGUACAUUAAUUUAAAUAUAAGCAUCACUUUGUGAUUUAAUUUUUUUUCCAGUUCGUUAAUAUUAUGUACAUAUUAUAAAUAUUUUGUGAAUAAUCGUGUAAAAUUAAAAAGUAACGAAAAGUU